AUACCCUAGGUAGACUACUGAUUGGUCAGAAUUGGAUAUCAGACAUUUUGGCAGCCAUAUUUGAAAUUGAAGAAUACAAAUAACAAGCCCAUUACAGCCUUCAGUACUGUGUCAUACUUGUUAGUUGACCUGAAUCAGUGCAAUUGAUUGGCAGCUUUUACUAUCUGUCAAAAAUUAUUUUCUGCUGCCAACUUCAGGAAACCAUGGCAACCGGUGAUGUGAAAGGAAACAUUAAGAGCUUACAGACUGAGCUGAAGCGUGCAAAAUACCCGAAGGAAUUAGACUACAUCAGCCUUGCCAAAGGAUCUCCAAAGGAAUUCCUUCCCAUCAUGCAUUUCAUGCUCUGCGAUUACUCCAGGCCAGUCAGUCAGUUGAUUCUGGAUAGGAAGAUCGACCUUGCUGCUAAGAAUGAUCAGAAGUUCAUGGAAGCAGUGUACAAGGUAUUGAGGGAUCUGUUCCACUAUGUCCCGCGGAUCACCGGGCCUCAAUUUUUCAGCCGUGGAUUUGCGGAGCACAAGAUCCUCUUGACAAGAGAAGUAGUUUCCAUGGUGAGAAAUAAACACAAGGAUCUGACGAGAGGCAAAACUCCUUUGCGCACCCUUGCUGAACAAGGUUCAUCAGAAAGCAUCGGUUCUAGACCUACCAGCAGGAAGGUAAGGGUUCUAGAUCCAGACGUUAUCUUUACUGCCCAUCGCGAGGAUUUCUUGAACAGCACAGAAAUAAGUGAGAGUGCUGAACACAAGCAAUCAGUGAGCAUCAUUGUAGGCAAGACCCCAGUUCCCCUCAGAGGAUACAGCACCCAAGAGUAUUCGCCUGACAAUGACCUCCUUUUGAAUAAUAAUGCUCAGACUGAUCUUGAGACUAGGGUCCAAAAGUUGGAGGAAAGGGUACGAAACUUGGAGGAAAGGCUUCUCAGCGAACUGAACGUGGAGGUACAAAACUUGGAGAAUGAGCUACCCAGGGAACAAAGUUUGGAGAAUGAGCUACCCAGGGUACAAAACUUGGAGAAUGAGCUACCCAGGGUACAAAACUCUGAGUACACAGUAGAAGACUUUGAGGAUAUGGUGCAAGUAGACUAGGUGGUUUAUAGGGCCAACUGGAAUACUACAAGAUAGAAGUGCAGGUAUGUUGUAUGGGAGUUUUAUUUUUGAUAUAUCAAAAACAGGAGGAAGGGUGUCUUGAAAGACAAAGAGGACGGAAAGUAUCUGUGUGAUCCUUCUUGAAAAGAAAAUGCAUAGAAGCUGACAGGUUAGCGACUGCUGUUUGGAUGCUAGUUCUGGUUGAACGGUACAGGGGGUGGUUUGAUAGGCAGGCAACCAGAAAGAGGCAGUAUUUCUUAAGAAUAAAAUGAAACUCCCACAAGAUGUCAGGUUAAGGACUGCUGUAUUGGUGUCAGUUCUGGAUGAAUGAUAUAGCUAUAGGGGGAAGUAGGAGGGUAGGCAAUUAAAAAAAUAGUACUUCUUGAGAAUAAAUUGAAAUUAAUUGAAGCUAUCAGGUUAUACUAUAGGACUGCUGUAUUGGUUGUUUGUUUAUUCAAAUCAACUUUUUGUUGGGGUGGAAUUGUUUUUAGAAAAUCUUUCUGAUUUUCAUUGAGGGUCUGAUGGGAAUAUAGACUGGACACUGUCUCUGAGUUUGAAGGAUUAAGUGAUAGCAUCAAAUCACAGAUGUAUUUGUGCAACUCUUUAGCCUCUAUAAGAAAUAAGUAUUUUACGUAGGAUUCAUACCAGUCACUAGAUUACUUUUGUAAAUUCUCUAUUUUGGUCAAUAAAUUGGCGAACUUAAUCCUGAAGGUAUCCAUGGCUCAGAAUGAAGCAACGUGAACGUACACGUACGUGCGGAAACAUCAAGUUUGGACCAAUUCAUACAGUGAAGCCUCUACAUUGCUUUGGCCAUGUAUUGUACUUUGAAGUAAAGCCACCCUUAAGGGAGACAACAGGUUAAUAUUUUGGAGAUUAGAAGUAGCAGGUAUCACAUUUCUAUACAGUGUAAUCCUCAGCUAGCUUGCCGAGAUGCUUUAAAUGUGAAAUGUUUAUUGCACUUUUUUUUCAAUUGCAAAGUGUCAUUUUACUUUGAGUUUAGGACUGACUCGUCUUGUCUGUGCAGAGUUCAAAUUUGUGUCCCAUCAUUGUUCAUCAUGCAAUAUUGUAAAAAAAACUUUCUUGAAUAGUGAAGAUAGUGAGAAGUUUGAUAUCUGAAUAAAAAAAAUAAACUCAAAUGAAUCAUUUACACUCGGUUCAGUGCUGUCAGAAUCAAAUUAUAGAUGGCAAUCAAUAUCUUAAGAGCAUCCAGUAAUUAAUGGGUGCUUUUACUACGAGACACUUCUAUUCAUUCUGUUGUUGCAUAUUAACACAAUCAAUGGACUUGUAAAAAAUGGUAGGCUCAUUAAAUCUGUAACCUUAGUA